AUGCAACGUACAAGAGCCGUGGCAAUAUUCAAAAAGCUGCAUCGUACAUGUCAGAAAGUAUUUAAAGGCGACCAUGAAACAUUACAAGCUGCUAGAGAGAAAAUCAAUUCAGAAUUUCGGGCUAAUCGAAAUGAAACGGAUCCAGAGAAAGUAAACGAAUUAUUAAAAACUGCAGAAGAUUCUGAAUUGCUUAUUAGAACGACGGUUAUUCAAAUAGAACUUGUCGAUGAAGAUAAAAAUGUUUACAGAAUGAAUCUACGCGAUGAUUUAGCCUAUCAGGAUAAUGAACCUUGCAGUAAAGAAAAAUAA